AUGGCAAUUUCUGGCCAUCGAAAUGAGCAAAGUCUUGUUCAUUACAACGCACGACUAUCGUCUUUACAGCUCCACAACUGCAGCGAUGUCUUGUCUCGUUCGCUAAUUACUGAUGAUCAUACUUCCACUGCUCCUUCUAGUUCAUCUCAAGCUCACUCUCCAACCCAACAGCAGAUUUUUGGUGCAUCAACGUCGACUAGUUCAACGACAAGCACACACUUGCAGAACUUCGCUGUGGCUGGCAGCAUGUUUAGUUCUUGCUCGAUCGCCAGUGUCCAGAUCGUGUAUAAAUCAAACAGCGAUUAG